AUGAGCUUGAAAGAAAAGGUGGAUGCAAUCAAUGGAGAAAAUAUGGAUGAAGAAGAGGCAGUGACCCUCUUCAAGGAUUCCCUGAAGACUUUCCACAAUGUCAGCCACAGCAUGGACCAAAGCACCAUGUACACCAGAAAGGAGAAGUGGCUGAGUGAAAAACAAAUCUAUGACCGGCUCACUGAAUAUGAAUUGGAGUGUCACCUGAACUCAGGUGACUACACAGCCAAGGUGAAUGUGUGCAAAAGAAGGUCCAUCACAGCUGGGCAGGAAUAUGACCCCACAGAGGAUGAUGAAACCGCUUUCCUGGAAGAGUUCUCAAAAGACACCAACCUCCAACUGAAGAAUGCAGAAUCCCUUGCAAAAGGAGACAAAGGCAAAGGAAAGGGUGCCAAAGGCAGUGGAAGUGGGCAGAAAGGCCUUGGGAAAGGCAAAGGGAAGCACCAGCAGCUUGCCCUAGAAGAUAAGAAAGAUGAGAGCCCAGAAGAAGAAUGGGAAGAUGCUUUGGGAAAAGCAAGAAGGGCCAGAGAUUUGGUGUCCACCAAGCAGUGUGAAGUGGAAGAGGCACUUGCAAAAGUGCCCAAAUCCUUUUUGUCAGCUGGCUUGAAAAAGCCCACUUCCCAGUUCCAAAAGAAGCUGGAAGACAUGCUCAAGAAAUUGAAGGGGUUCCUGCUGAAGGAGUACAGCCAGAAGACAUUGAAAGACAUCAAAGAGUGCCUCCCUGAGGCAGCAACCUUGAUAAAGGAUGUGAAGGACUUGAAGACCCUUGAAAAAGGAUGGGAAACUAUGGAUGUCAUGCUCCCACGCCUCAUGUUUGAAGCAUUGCAGAGCUACCCUGCAGUUUGGGAGCAAAUGUGGGAUGUGAAGCCAUAUACCAACCUUGAUUGGGAUGCCUUCACUUUUCUGGACACAACCCUUGCAAAAGGGACAGAAGAACAUCCACACCUGGUGGCCUGCCUGGAAAGCAUGGUCCAACUCAAUGAAAUCCUUGACAGCUGUGACCUCUUUCUUAAGGAUGCUGAAUUUGAUGCAUUCUUUGGCCUUGCAAAAGGCUUCGUUGAAGAAUAUUCAUGGCUCCAUGGCCACUUUGAAGAGCAGGGAAGGAAAAAGGAACUUGCGGACACCGGAGAUUGCCGCAUGCUCACCGAGAUUCCUGUCAGAGACUGGGAGAACUGUGAUGCAGUACCCUCGACGCUCAGCGCCUUGAUUGGCGUUGUGGUGCCGGGGCAACUUCGCAAGGUUGAGACAGUCUUCGUGGUCUCCGACUUGCAGAUUUUAGGCAUCUCGUCAGUGAAGAGCGUCAUGAAGAAGGCAAUGAAAAAGAGCCUUGGCAAAGGCCCCAAGCCCUUGAAACAGGGCAAAAAAGGUGCCACAGCAUUGCAGUCUAUCUUGAAAAAGAGGCCUGCCACAAGAGCCAGUGCACCUUUGAAAAAAGGUAAUUUGGCAAAGCUGGGGCAGAUGAGCUUGAAAGAAAAGGUGGAUGCAAUCAAUGGAGAAAAUAUGGAUGAAGAAGAGGCAGUGACCCUCUUCAAGGAUUCCCUGACACCUGAUGAGGGGUCACAGGUUUGGGGUCAACACCAAACAUACCUGAAGAAGAAUCCCUUGGAAAAGGGAGAGCAUGACUCCUUAGGAAAAAAGGAGAAAGGGCUGGCAGUGGCACUCUGGUAUUUGAAAAAAUCCAGGAAGACUUUCCACAAUGUCAGCCACAGCAUGGACCAAAGCACCAUGUACACCAGAAAGGAGAAGUGGCUGAGUGAAAAACAAAUCUAUGACCGGUUCACUGAAUAUGAAUUGGAGUGUCACCUGAACUCAGGAAGGGUCAUAUGGAGGCAUGACCCUUUAACAAGGGGAUGCUUUGAAUACCAAGAUUUAGGUGACUACACAGCCAAGGUGAAUGUGUGCAAAAGAAGGUCCAUCACAGCUGGGCAGGAAUAUGACCCCACAGAGGAUGAUGAAACCGCUUUCCUGGAAGAGUUCUCAAAAGACACCAACCUCCAACUGAAGAAUGCAGAAUCCCUUGCAAAAGGAGACAAAGGCAAAGGAAAGGGUGCCAAAGGCAGUGGAAGUGGGCAGAAAGGCCUUGGGAAAGGCAAAGGGAAGCACCAGCAGCUUGCCCUAGAAGAUAAGAAAGAUGAGAGCCCAGAAGAAGAAUGGGAAGAUGCUUUGGGAAAAGCAAGAAGGGCCAGAGAUUUGGUGUCCACCAAGCAGUGUGAAGUGGAAGAGGCACUUGCAAAAGUGCCCAAAUCCUUUUUGUCAGCUGGCUUGAAAAAGCCCACUUCCCAGUUCCAAAAGAAGCUGGAAGACAUGCUCAAGAAAUUGAAGGGGUUCCUGCUGAAGGAGUACAGCCAGAAGACAUUGAAAGACAUCAAAGAGUGCCUCCCUGAGGCAGCAACCUUGAUAAAGGAUGUGAAGGACUUGAAGACCCUUGAAAAAGGAUGGGAAACUAUGGAUGUCAUGCUCCCACACCUCAUGUUUGAAGCAUUGCAGAGCUACCCUGCAGUUUGGGAGCAAAUGUGGGAUGUGAAGCCAUAUACCAACCUUGAUUGGGAUGCCUUCACUUUUCUGGACACAACCCUUGCAAAAGGGACAGAAGAACAUCCACACCUGGUGGCCUGCCUGGAAAGCAUGGUCCAACUCAAUGAAAUCCUUGACAGCUGUGACCUCUUUCUUAAGGAUGCUGAAUUUGAUGCAUUCUUUGGCCUUGCAAAAGGCUUCGUUGAAGAAUAUUCAUGGAAAAAGGAACUUGCGGAAACCGGAGAUUGCCGCAUGCUCACCGAGAUUCCUGUCAGAGACUGGGAGAACUGUGAUGCAGUACCCUCGACGCUCAGCGCCUUGAUUGGCGUUGUGGUGCCGGGGCAACUUCGCAAGGUUGAGACAGUCUUCGUGGUCUCCGACUUGCAGAUUUUAGGCAUCUCGUCAGUGAAGAGCGAAACGGAUGAGUGGCUUAUCACUUGUUGCGUGCGAUGCAAGCGGACCAGCCCUUGUUCGCAACAUCCUGACGGAAGCACGGAAAAGCGCCUGGCCGUCAGAUUGACGUUGGCCGAUGGCAACAGUCAGUGCUCCGUGAUGCUGUAUCACGAGUUACUGCUGAAGGCAGCAGCGCUGAUGGAAGUGACUUUGCCCGAGCCGCUGGCUGAUUCCAAGGAGCUGCGCACGACUCUCAGAGACAUGUCCCGAAAUGCUCAGUGGAUCUGCCGUUUCACCUUCAAGGAGAACGACUUCCAGCAAUCCUUGGAAUUGGAGUGUCGCGACAUUCGUCCCUGCCUGCGGCUUCAGCCGGCUGUCGCGCUGAUGACUCCACCAGACGGCCAGUUGAAUCUGCCUCUUUGCCGCUUGAACAAUGGUUGCCCAGUGGCGCCGUUGAAUAAGGUAACAGUGGAUGCGCAUCUCGGACUGGUCUCCGUGGGCAAGGUGGAUGCAAACUUUUUGCGUGCCUUGGUGUGCUUCAACAACGUGAAGUUGCCAGAUGAAGAGGCACUGCAGCAAGACAAUGCAGCCACCUCGGCCAUGCGAGUGAAGCGAUCCUUUGAUUGCCUUUUGUCGAAAACGGACACAUCUCCUUUCCAAGUGGCCGCACCGGAGAAAUCCAUCAAGUGGAUCGGAGAGCGAAGUGUUCUCUGGCAUGUCCCCGUGGACACCGUCACGACCUACUUUGACCGACUCGCCACGGAAGAGCUGACAGUAAAUGAACCCCUUACCUUUGAAUCCAAAUGGACGCCUGUCAAGAGGCUCAAUGUCGUCAGAGACAGCAUGCCGGAAGAGGCACGUAGCUCCACAGCUUGGAUGAACACUUUGCCGGCAUCAUCCGAGGUCGCAGCCACCGAAUUGGACGAACCGAUGUGA